AUGUUGAGGCGGUUGCCCAGCCUCGGACGUUCACAAAAGUUGUCCCUUUGUGGCCAGGUCGCUCUGGGCAUGCAGCACUUGGCUGAAGAACUCCAGCUCGUCCAUCGCGACCUGGCUGCUCGCAAUCUGGUGGUGUUCUGCAACGGCAGCACUGAUUCUGUCGCUCCUCUCGUUGGCUCUGGCCUCAGUUUUGAGGUGAAGAUCUCCAGUCCGGGCCUCAGUCGCGACAUCUACGCCAACGAGUACUACACGCCGUCGCAAGUGGCCGGCAUGGCAACGGCCAGCGGUGGCAAUGUUCUUUGUCUGCCAGUACGUUGGAUGGCUCCAGAGUGCCUUGCCGCGGUCUCCGAACCAAACGUCCCAGCUCUGGCUGCUUCCGCGGCAGUUGGCAGUUGCUACACCAGUCGAUCAGACGUCUGGGCCUUUGCGGUGGUUGUCUGUGAGAUCUUCUCAUUAGCCGAUCACUUGCCGCUAGCUCGGCUCUCCGAUCCAGAGAUCCUGCAAGCUGGCCGAGCCACAGCGGCAGCAGUGAUGACCGGGGCAACUUCAAACGUCGCUUUAAAGUCUACCUCGGCUUCUGUGAUGUCGCAACAGCCACUUUGCCCUGACGUACCGAACGAGUUGCCUGGUUGUCUGGCCAAUCUUUUGCAUCGAUGCUGGGCCCCAGUACCGCAACACCGGCCCACAUUCGGCGAGAUUACAGCACUGCUAAGCGAUUUGAUGACAGAUAUGGGAGUCUAA